UUUAGGGAGCUAGCUUAAGAUGCCUCGUUAUGAUGAUCGCCAUGGCAAUUCAACACGACUCUAUGUAGGGCAUUUGUCAUCGAGGACAAGGUCACGUGACCUAGAGGAUAUCUUUAGCAGAUAUGGAAGGUUUCUGGGCUCUUUGCCCAACCUGGAGGUCUGGUGAGAGGUGUUCCCCUUGGUGGAUUUGGUCAAUAUUCGUGCAGUAUUUAGGGGGCUUUGGCAAUUCUUAUGAUAGUGUUAUUGCGUGUUUUUUUGAUGGAAAUUCCAACAAACUGGUGUUUAAUUCAUCUUUGAGGGAAAAGUAUGAAGCCAUCAGUUCUAAUGCCUUGAUGGCCUUGUUGUUUCUGCCACCCAUUUACGCAGAGUACGUGAUGUGGAUAUGAAGCGCGAUUAUGCAUUUGUGGAUUUUAGCGAUCCUCGCGAUGCUGAUGAUGCAAGAUAUGCCUUAGAUGGACGGGAUGUCGAUGGAAGUCGUGUUAUAGUUGAAUUUGCAAAGGGGGUACCACGUGGUCCAGGUGGAUCGCGGGAAUAUCUUGGAAGAGGGCCUGCACCAGGAACUGGGCGCUGCUUCAAUUGUGGAAUUGAGGGACAUUGGGCUCGAGAUUGCAAGGCUGGUGACUGGAAGAACAAGUGUUACCACUGUGGGGAACGAGGUCAUAUAGAAAAGAAAUGUCCAAACAGUCCCAAGAAAGUUAGCGCACGUGGACGGAGUUACUCCCGCUCACCAUCUCCUCGUCGUGGUAGAAGUCGAAGUCGGAGCCGUGGUUAUAGCAGGAGUCCUAUUCGCAGCCGAUCCAGAUCACCACCCUCAAGGAGGGAUCGCAGUAUCGAACGUGGGGAGGGAGGGUCAAGGAGGCGGCCCAGGGCCUCGCCAUCUCCAUCUGAAGGAAGGAUUCGCAGCCCAAAGGCUGAGGAGCAAAGCCCGAGAAAGGGAGGUACACCAUCGCCAAGAGAUGGUAGGCCUUCCAAUGGAUCAGAUUAUAGCAGGAGUCCAAAUGGAAGGAACAGGAGCCCUGAGGAUGAUUUUGAGGAGAGGAGUCCCGUUCAAAAAAAUGAUCGCAGUCACAGCGUUAGCCCAAGGGACAGGGGAAGCCCUGUCGAUGAUGAUGAAAGUCAUGGUUCUCCAAGGGGCAGCGAAUAGCUUGAGAUUAACCAAGUAUUUCUGAAUUCUAUAUCGUCUGAACCAGGGGAAUAAUUUGUUGAGUGGUUUAUUUAAUAUUGUGACUCCAUUUUCUCGUUAUAAUUGUGAACCCUCUGUAUGCGGAUUGCAAUUUGUACCAAAAUUGAUCUCUAAUUAUCUUUUCUUUCUUGGAGAAACUCUGCUAGAAUCCUAAAUGUCUCGCUUGAUGAA